AGCGAGGGUCUGGGACAGCUGGAGGCGGCGGCGGUAACUGGUACGGAUGGUUUCCGCCCGCGUUAGCCCCUCCAAGUUCGCCGGUCUUGGGGCCACAGCACUCGGAGUAACUUUACGAAAGGAAAGGUAUUUUGCGCCCUCUCUCCCCGCUGGAAAUGGCCACUGUGCUGUGUAACAGAGCCAGACUAGUUUCCUAUCUCCCAGGAUUUUGCUCUUUAGUUAAAAGGGUGGUCAAUCCCAAAGCCUUUUCAACUGCAGGAUCUUCAGGUUCUGAUGAGUCUCAUGUGGCCACUACACCUCCAGAUAUAUGCUCUCGAACAGUAUGGCCUGAUGAAACUAUGGGCCCAUUUGGACCUCAGGAUCAGAGAUUCCAGCUUCCUGGGAACAUAGGUUUUGAUUGCCACCUCAAUGGGACUGUGUCACAGAAGAAAAGCCAGGUUCAUAAAACUUUACCUGAUGUUCUAGCAGAACCUUUAUCAAGUGAAAGACAUGAGUUUGUGAUGGCACAAUAUGUGAAUGAAUUUCAGGGUAAUAAUGUACCUGUUGAACAAGAAAUCAACAGUGCAGAAACUUACUUUGAAAAUGCCAAAGUAGAGUGUGCAAUCCAAACAUGUCCAGAAUUGCUGCGAAGAGAUUUUGAGUCACUGUUUCCAGAAGUAGCCACCAACAAACUAAUGAUUCUGACUAUAACACAGAAAACCAAGAAUGAUAUGACUGUUUGGAGCGAAGAGGUAGAAAAUGAAAGAGAAAUGCUUUUAGAAAAGUUCAUUAAUGGUGCUAAGGAAAUUUGCUACGCUCUUCGAGCUGAAGGCUAUUGGGCUGACUUUAUUGACCCAUCAUCUGGUUUGGCAUUUUUUGGAUCAUAUACAAACAACACUCUUUUUGAAACAGAUGAACGCUAUCGACAUUUAGGAUUCUCUGUGGAUGAUCUUGGCUGCUGUAAAGUGAUUCGUCAUAGUCUCUGGGGUACCCAUGUGUUUGUGGGAAGUAUCUUCACUAAUGCAACACCAGAUAGCCAUAUUAUGAAGAAAUUAGGUGGAAACUAACAGCAGUGUCCGCUUACUGGCAGUACUAUUUGUACAUAACAUUUGGGUUGAUCUAUAAACACUGUCAAAAGCUUAAAUUUUUAAAAUUUACUUAUUUCUGGGUAUUUAUUUCAACAUUUAUGGGUUUACAGCAUUGGCAAGUGGUUUGUGAUUUUUAAAUCUCAAAUGUUCAUUCAUAUUAUUGAAUACAUGUUGAUCACAUCCAUGGAUGUGGUAAUUAACAUGUAAUUAGGACAUGAUCUCAUAUUGUUAUUUCUUCCCUUUAUUGGAAAAACCUGUUAUUUUUCUCUAAAAAUAAAUCACAUUUGGUUAUGACA